AUGAAUGUUUUGAUCCUGUCUCGUGAGCACUGAGGGUGCCAUUAGGUAUAAGGACUAGGGCUGCUGGAUGAAGUCCGAUCUGAAGCGGGUCCAGCUGAUGAAUGGUGGUGUAGCCUCGAAGAAUUGAAGCAUCACAUGCUGAUCGGGGCCUGUGAGACGCCGCCCCAGGCUCUUGAGAGAUGUCGACGAGGGUGACUGCCGGGGUGGGAGCCAACCUGCUGGGCCAGCAUGCUGCGGAGCGGAAUCAGGAUGCAACCGCUUACGUGGGCAAUCUGGACACACAAGUCACAGAGGAGCUUCUUUGGGAGAUGUUUGUCCAGGCGGGGCCUGUUGUGAAUGUGUAUGUGCCGAAGGACCGUGUGACCAGCCUGCAUCAGGGCUAUGGCUUUGUGGAGUUCCGCAGCGAAGAGGACGCCGACUAUGCGGUGAAGGUGAUGAACAUGAUCAAGUUGUACGGGAAGCCCAUCCGCGUGAACAAGGCCUCCAGCGACCGGCGCACUGCGGACGUGGGCGCCAACCUGUUCAUUGGCAACCUGGACGAGGAGGUGGACGAGAAGCUGCUGCACGACACGUUUAGCGCGUUCGGCGUGAUCCUGUCGAACCCAAAAAUCAUGCGCGACCCUGAGAGCGGCAACUCCAAGGGCUUCGGCUUCAUCAGCUACGACUCGUUUGAGGCGAGCGAUGCCGCCAUUGAGGCCAUGAACGGGCAGUACCUGUGUAAUAAGGCGAUCACUGUCUCGUACGCCUUCAAGAAGGACACCAAGGGCGAGCGCCAUGGGUCGGCCGCAGAGCGGCUCCUAGCCUCCAGCAAUCCCGCAGCGCUUAGAAAUCGCCCACACACCCUCUUUGCUGACGCCCCCCCGCCUGAUGGCGCCCCACCAUUCCCUGCUGCGGACGGCCCCACUCCCCCCCUGGAAAACGGUGCAGCUCCAGCUCCCCCCGCCCCGGCAUCCCUUCCACCCCCGCCACCUGUGCAGUACCCUCCUCCUUAUGGCGGUGCCCCCCCUCCUCAGUACACCACUCCCCCUCCGCAGUAUCCCCCCCACCCCCGCCACGUAUGGCCAGCCCCCUCCCCCAACUACGCCCCCCCUCCCCCACGCAAUACGGGCAACCCCAGAUGCAGGGGCCUCCGCGGAUGCCCCCCCCUGCGAGUGGGCCCCCUCCUCCUUGGGGCCAGGCAGGGCCUCCCCGAGGCCCCCCCCAGCAAGGAGGGGCGCAGGCUCCCCCCUGGGCUCGGCCCCCUCCUGCCAACAUGGGCCCACCGCCCCCUGGGUACAGGGGUCCCCCCCCUGGCGCCAUGCCCGGCAUGCCCCCCCCCGGCUAUGGGCCCCCUCCUCCGGGCUAUCGCCCCCCCCCUCCAUCACAACAAGGAGCGCCGCCGCCACCUCCGCAACGGUGAUGCUCUGGGUCCAGCGUCAUUGGAGAUAUGAAAACACGGUUCGGAACCUCCGAGUUCAGGAUGCACCUGCUCGGAUCAGGGACUCAGGAAGUUGCCCUUGCGAGCCGUGGAUCAGGCGGUCGGAGUGGACCUCUUUCGGUGCCUCAUUGUUUUGUCUGAGAGAGCCACUUCGCUCUGUGUCACCGACCUAAACGAAUGUAGGGUGGCUGCUCAUGCAACAUGUACCAUCGAGGCUUCAGGCGGAUGUUAUUUGUCCAGCACUUUCAUUGAAGCGCACUUGUCUGCUUUUGCAUGCA